CUAGCUUACGGUCCACAGUGUAGGCUAGCAAAAUAAAGGGAUUAUAUACUGUAUGUAGAUUAUUCUGAUCAAUUACUACUCAAAUAACAUGUUGGAGAUGCUUGAAUACAGCCACUAUCAGGUGCAGUCCCACCUGGAGAAUCCCACCAAAUACCACAUCCAGCAGGCCCAGAGGCAGCAGGUCCGGCAGUAUCUGUCCACCACCCUGGGUGGUAAAGCAGGCAGCCAGUGCCCCAGCCAGCCCCCCGAGCACGGCAUGCCACCCGGGCCCGGCAGCAGCGCUCCCAACAGUCCCAUGGCCCUGCUCACCCUCAGCUCCAACUGUGAGAAAGAGGUACACCUGCUCAUGAGCACACGCCUUCAUCAUAUUCCGUUCAGUUACCCUGAUAAAUGGUCAUUAUUCUUCAAUCCAAUGUGGUUGUGUGCUCUACAGAUGGAUGAUGUCAUUGACGACAUUAUUAGCUUGGAGUCAAGUUACAAUGAAGAUGUUCUUGGACUUAUGGACCCAGGCCUCCAAAUAAACAACCCGCUCCCUGUGUCUGGUAACCUUCUUGAUGUGUACGGCAACCAAGGUCUUCCACUCCCCGGCCUCGCCAUCAGCAACUCCUGUCCACCCAACAUUAAGAGGGAAUACACCGUCUGCCUUCGAUUCACAGAGGCUGAAGUUCGUGCUCUUGCUAAAGAGAGACAGAAGAAAGACAACCACAACUUGAUUGAACGCAGACGGAGAUUCAACAUAAACGAUCGCAUCAAGGAGCUGGGAACCUUGAUACCCAAGUCAAAUGAUCCAGACAUGCGCUGGAAUAAGGGUACCAUUCUGAAAGCCUCAGUUGACUACAUCAGGAGGCUACAGCGGGAGCAGCAGAGAGCAAAGGAGCUCGAGUGCAGACAGAGGAAGCUGGAGCAUGCAAACCGUCAUCUGAUGCUUCGUAUACAGGAGUUGGAGAUCCAGGCCCGUGCUCAUGGUCUCACAGUGGUGUCAUCCCCGUCUGUCUGCACAUCGGAUUUGAUGGCGAGAGCCAUUAAACAGGAGCCCGUCCUCGGCGACUGCCCCUCAGAUCUCUACCACCAUAGCUCGACUCCUGACAUGUCCCCACCAACCACACUGGACCUCAACAACGGCACCAUCACCUUCGACCAGAUUCCCGCAGACGCUGGGGACCCUGACCCCUACGGAAACUCCAGGACCUGUAAAAUGAAGGAAUUGGUAAGGGACAACACCCUGUCACCAAUUUCCCCCAGUGAUCCCCUGCUGUCCUCGAUGUCCCCUGAUGGCUCAAACAACAUCUGCAGCAGUCACCACAGUUCCUGCUCUAGCAUGGAGGAGAAGGAGCAAGGCUGUUAGCACUGCCCAGUGC